UCGAACAGGUCUAUUAUUAUUGUUGUGAAUAUUGUUGUGAUGUCCCUUCAAACAAUAUAAACUCCAAAAACUUUUUUUUAACAUAUCAAAAUUUUAUACUCGAAUUUUAUAACUUAAAAAAAACAAAAAAAAAGACCCCAUAUUAAUUAAAAGUCUAUAACAAUAUUAUCAUUAAUAAUAAAAAUUAAUUGAACAAUGUCUGAUGAUGGUGGAAAUGUUUUGUUUGUCAGGGGAAAUGAUCAAGAUAAUGAUGACAAUGACAUUUGGGAUGAUACAUUGCUCAUCAAAGCCUACGACAAAGCUGUCAAUUUGGCCAAGGAAGAAGUAGCAAAACGACUAAGUCUAGAGACAAGUAGCAAUAAUGUUUCAAAGAAAUCAUCAACAUCAAAACAACAACAUAAUAAAAAAUCACAAAAGAAAUGGACAGUUGGAUCACCAUGUCGAGCAAUAUAUUCAGCUGACAAUGAAGAAUAUGAAGCCAUAAUAACUCACAUAUUUAACAACAAUUCUGGCACAUGUAUUGUCAAAUUUGUUGGAUAUGGAAAUACUGAAAAAGUUCAACUAUCAUCAUUAACAGAAUCUGAAGGUUUAGCUAGUCAAACAGCUCAAGCUCAAGAAGCUGAAUCAUUGAAAGCAUCAUCUGACAUUUAUUCUGAACCAGAAAUUCCUGAAUUUAUAUCACAUGAUCAAUCAUCAUCAUCAUCACGUAAUAAUAAUGAAAAAAUGGAUUACAUUGAAUCAGAUAUACCAAAAAAUUCACACAAUAAUUGCUAUCAAGAUACUGGUUUAUUUUCAUCAUCGUCAUUUGGCUGUGCUCCACCAGCACCACCACUACCACCACAAUUAAUGGCAAGGCUACCAACAAAUGAUGCUGAUGCACUAUCAAGUAUGCUUAUGUCUUGGUAUAUCAGUGGUUUUCAUACUGGUUUUUAUCAUGGUAUGAAACAAUCAGAAAAAAAUAAUACUAAUAGACAAAGAAAGUGAUGAGUUAUAUUUUUAAUUUUUUAAAUAAAUAUUUGAUAAUUAUUAUUGA